AUGGCUGCCAAAAUCCUCGUCAUCGGAGCCACAAACGGCCGCUUCAUCGAAGCAUUCACAAAAGCCACCGCCCUACACACAAAAAACAAAUUCUCCCUCGCCCUCCUCCUCGGCGACCUCUUCGCCGCCCCGGGCACCUCCGAUGUCCCCAGCGACACCGAAAACAUCCAGAAGCUCCUCCGCGGCGAGAUCAAGGUCCCCCUGCCCACCUACUUCGGCCUCGGGCGUCACUCGCUGCCGCCCAGCGUCCGCGAUAAAAUCGCCUCCUCCGGCGAGGUCUGCGAGAACCUCUUCUUCCUCGGCAAGAAGACCGUCCUCAACACCUCCGAGGGCGUGCGCAUCGUCGCGCUCGGCGGCCGUCUCGACGCAAAUGUCCAGACUGACGCGAAGGCAGAGGCUGGCGAAGCGGCAGACCUCCCGUACUACUCCCCGCAGGACGCGAAGACGCUGAAGGGCUGCAACAGCGCCGACCUGCUGCUGACGUACGAUUGGCCGGCAGAUAUCGAGCGUGGUAGCGCAGUGCCUCUGCCCGCUGCUCUCGGCGGUGGUGGUAGUCCGUCGAUUGCGGAGCUCGCCAUGAUGAUUCGCCCGCGGUACCAUUUUGCGGCGGCGGGUGCGGCGUUCUGGGAGCGGGAACCAUAUAAAAAUGUGGCGAGGGACAGCGAUGGGAAGGGGGAGGUGCGGGUGACGAGGUUUCUGGGCGUGGGCGAUUGGGGGAAUGACGCGAAGGCGAAGAGCUUGUAUGCGUUCAGCAUCACACCGAAGGAGACCAAUGUCGUUGUGCCGCCGAACGCCACGCAGAGCCCGUACAAGGAGAAGACCAAGAAGCGGACGGCGGGCCAGGCGGACGGCGGCGGCUCCUUCUUCUGGGGCGAGCACAUCCGCGAUGACCGAGGCGGCAAGAGAGGGAAGGGGCCGCAUGGCGGAUCAAGGGCGCCAAAACCCCCACUUGGACCCGAAAACUGCUUCUUCUGCCUCUCAUACCCCAAGCUCGAAAAGCACCUCAUCGUCUCCAUCGGCAACGACGCCUACCUCACCACCGCCAAAGGGCCCCUCACAAAAGCAUCCGCCACCCUCCCCUUCGCAUCCCACAUCCUCAUCAUCCCCCUCACCCACACGCCCACACUCCCGCUCAUCGACGACGCCGAUUCACGCGAGAGCACGCUCGCCGAGAUGACGCGGUACAAGGACGCAAUCAGCCAGAUGCUCGAGCCCCGCGGCUACGGCACCGUCACCUUCGAGAUUGCGCGCGCGGGCGGCGUGCAUGCGCAUUGGCAGGUUGUGCCCGUGCCGGCAGACAAGAUGGCGGACGUGGAGGCGGCGUUUAGGAGCGAGGCGGAGAAGGACGGAUUGGCGGCGUUGGAGAGGCGGGAGGUCCGGGAAGGGGAGGACUAUUUUAGGGUGUGGUUGGGGGGGCAGGAGGGCGCGCUGGUGCUGCCAUUGAGGGGUGGCGAGUAUUUUGAUUUGCAGUUUGGACGCAGAGUGCUGGCGAAGGUGCUGGGGCUGCAGACGGUGCACUGGAAGGACUGUGUGCUGAGCCUGGAGGAGGAGAAGGGUGAUGCCGAGAGGUUUAAGGGGGCGUUUAAGGAGUUUGAUUUCAGCCUGUAG